AGAAGCGCGGCCGCCGCCGUCGCCUCCCCCCCUCUCCCCCCCACCGGGGCCGGUCCUCGCCUCGCCGAGAUGCCCGGGACGGUGCUGCUGCUCUGCCUGGCCCUCGGGCCGGUCCUGCGAGCCAGGUGUGAGAGCACAGAGGAAUAUGAUUAUGAUUACCUCAGCAUCAAUAAAACCUGGGUCCUCACCCCCAAGGCACAGGAGACUGAUGCCACGCAGAUCCUCAACUCGCUGCUGAAGAACUAUGACAACAAGCUGAGGCCUGACAUUGGCAUCAAGCCCACGUUUAUUGAUGUGGAUAUCUACGUGAACAGCAUCGGGCCGGUGUCUGUCAUCCAGAUGGAAUACACCAUUGACAUCUUCUUUGCUCAGACAUGGUAUGACCGGCGUCUUCGUUUCAACAGCACCCUGAAGGCCCUCACGCUCAACACCAACAUGGUGAGCCGCAUCUGGAUCCCAGACACCUUUUUUAGGAACUCCAAGCGGGCUGAUUCCCACUGGAUAACCACUCCUAAUCAGCUCCUUCGCAUCUGGAAUGAUGGAAAAGUGCUCUACACGCUCAGGCUGACGAUCGAGGCUGAAUGUCUGCUCCAGCUGCAGAAUUUCCCAAUGGACACUCACUCCUGCCCUUUGGUUUUUUCCAGUUACGGAUACCCACGUGAGGAGAUUGUCUAUCGCUGGAGGCGCUACUCCAUUGAGGUCUCUGACCAGCGCACUUGGAGGCUGUACCAGUUUGACUUCACUGGCCUGAGGAACACCUCAGAAGUUCUCAGGACUGGGGCAGGGGAGUAUAUGGUGAUGACAGUUUCUUUUGACCUAAGUAGACGUAUGGGUUACUUUGCCAUUCAGACCUACAUUCCCUGUAUCCUGACUGUUGUUCUUUCCUGGGUUUCCUUCUGGAUCAAGAGAGACUCUACGCCAGCUAGGACAUCUCUGGGUAUCACAACUGUGUUGACAAUGACCACCCUGAGUACCAUCUCCCGCAAGCACCUUCCCCGUGUUUCGUAUAUCACAGCCAUGGACCUCUUUGUCUCUGUGUGCUUCAUCUUCGUCUUUGCAGCUCUCAUGGAGUAUGCUACACUCAACUACCUGGUGGGAAACAAGAAACCAGUUGAGCACAACAACAGGAAAGCCAGGCUGCCACCUACCUGUGCACAGGUGAUGCCAUCCUUCACCACCAUCAACAUCAACAACAUCAUGCACUGGCCCGCAGAGAUCGAAGAUGAUGAGGAUGAAGACCCUGGUUCCCCAUGCUUGGAGGGAAAGGAAUGUGAGAGGUUCUUCUGCUGCAUUGAGGACUGUCAGACAGGAAUGUGGCGGGAGGGGAGGGUUCGUAUUCACAUCUCCCGCCUGGACUCCUACUCUCGUGUAUUUUUCCCCACCGCCUUCCUGCUCUUCAACAUUGUCUACUGGAUUGCCUAUCUCUAUCUCUAGCUGUUCUUUGUUGUCAGCUGGAAUGGACUGGAGACCAGCAAGAUGGGCUUCUCAAGGAGCAUAGAGAACAUCUCUUCCAUUGUAGUUGAUUGUCAGUCUGAACAAUCCAACCUGGUGAUUCCCUCUUCCUGCUCUCAUCUCUUCUGAGAAGAACAGACAGCGUUUUUUUAGCCUUCUAACAUAUGUUUUUAGAGAAUCUACCCUUCCCCAAGAACCCUUUCUCCAGCACCACCAGCAUUUUACUCCUUGUAAAAUUGCCCAAAAACAUCCUGUUCCCAUGUCAAAAAUUAGGGAUUUUGUCAAAAGCAAAAACCUUAAUUUGUUUAAUUUUCCCAUCCAACCCAUGGGAAGUGAUGGCAAAUGGAGUUUUCUGUAUAGUUAUUAAGACUGCAAUGGAAAUAAAGUAGAUCUCACAGCUUCUGCACCACUUCCUCCAGAACAGACUUUGUGAAGUACUAGAGGCUUGGGAAGGUCAGAAGAAAAGAAGUGUCUAAGAAGGCAGCAGUACAGCUUUUCCACAGUGGCUGAGCUUGGCGAAAAUGUUUUGAACCUUCCCAGGAAGCUGACAGUAACACUUCCAUGGAUGGAGUGGCUGCAAGCCUCCCCGUAGAAUAUCGCAUUCCUUAUGGAUCACUCCACUUGUUGUACCAAGUGGCACCCAAGGCAUCCACCCACUGAGGCACUGCUGAUUCUCAUCAGAUGGUGGUAAAAAGCGCUUCACAAGUUUGAAGGGCCCAUCUGCCUUACUGGAGCAGACUCUUCAGGGCACAUGGUGACAUUCUGCUUUGUGAACAGGACUCUGAGCACGCUAUGCAGCUUACCUUGGGCAUAGCCAAAAGGGGGAGAAUGUCUUUAUGCUAAAAAGACCAGAACUAGUCUUGUGAGCCUGUUGUGACAUAGCUUUCUCUGGGCUGUUUCAUGUGAACUAGGGCCUUAUUGCACCAUGCAUCAUAGAAGGGCAGUGCUCUCCUUCACAACAACACUGGUUGAAACCAUCAGAUCCCUGCUUGGUAGUAGCUGCUAACCUGAGCAACGGGUAACAGAAAAGAGAAUCUGAUCUGCUACUGAUGCUGCACCUACCAGAGGUGGGGAGAGAGCAUUCCUGCAGCUCCAAUGUGUUUCCUUAUGUCUGUUUUGGUUUUCCAUAAUUACAUAAAAAACCAGACCACUAAACUGUAUGGCUCUUCCCAGCUGCAUCAAUACUUAGCCAUUCUCUUUCUAACAUCAGGAAUUGGAGCAAGUCACCCUUUCAGGAAGGUCAUAGUGAGAUGGUUCCUUAUGGUCCAUCAUAAAGGGAUAGAGGAAUGCAUAACACCAUCUCAACUGGGAAGAAACUGUAAAAUGUAAAAGAGGAAACUCAGGCCCAAGGUCCAUAAUAUGUAAAUUGGUUCCCCCCCCUCUUCAUUUAUACCAACUGCUGAUGUGGGCCACAGCAUGACCGAGAAGCAAUGAGCCAUUAAUAGUUAAUGUGUCAAUUGCAAACAAAACACUCUUUUUAAAACCAGCAAGUUUUAGAAAUGACUAGCACUUCAAAGGCUUGUCGCAAGAAGAAAGCCUGCAUGGCUGCAGAGACAAAGUUAGGAACGACUGGCUCACUGGACAGCUAACAGAGGCAGCAGGUUUUACAUGUUCUUUGGGAGCAUUUUGACACUGUUAAAUGUGAGCUGGAUAAUGAAGUGUCAUGUUUAAUUCAUUCAUAAAUACAGCCUUACCUUAGUUCCAGAGGAACAGGUAGAGCACCUAAUUAAGUAUACAGUAGUACAGCACUCUGCUAAGUAUAACCUAAUGGGGUCAGACCAGCAUAGCUCUGGAAGGUGAAACUGUGCCUGUCUAACCUGUUACAGUUCUUCUUUAAAAUACCAAGUAAGAGACAAAGGUUAUCCAGAAGCAUAAUUUACUUAGCUGCUCCGACAGCUUUUGAAAGGAUGGGAAGGAAUUAUGGCGGGUGGUUCUAACUAAGGAAAUUGAUUUAGCAAAAGAAUUAUUAAGGAGGUUCUAAUUAGAGGAAAUUAACUGAGGAGAGGGGGAAAAAGAAUUGUUAAGGCGGCUCUAAUUAGAGGAAAUUAAUGUUUUAGAGAGAAAGACACAGAGGGAGAAGUCUAAGAAAAGAAUCAAAACAACUUCCAGACAAGCAGAGCUGCCGGGUGACAGCGCCGACUCCCAGCCAAGCGGGUUGAUGUUCUGCUCCUGAUAGCAAAGCUCUAUUAGAUGUAGCAACAGAAAAGCCUCCUAUGACUCAACCACACACCAACAGGGAGCUGGCUUAAACAGGGUCCUGUGAUCUCUGCGGGGAGCUGAAAGGAAAGAGCAUCCUAGAUUAAAACUGGCUCAUGUGACAGAUGCUGAAUGAAGCGGGUCUCCACAUGUCAGAAGGCAGCUGGUAGCAUGUGUGUGGGACAGGGCACCCUGGUGGCAAACAGGGCCUGUGCCAAAUACGCUCAUUAACAGAAUGGUGGCCUAAAAGGUGUGCAGGCAAUGCAGGCUGCAGGGAGCACAGGCAGCAAAAUGUGGAAGGGGAGCACCUGAGAAAGGGAUGAAGGAAGGGAAAAUGUAACAUCCGUGUGCAAAGGAGUCCAAACAUCUGCAAUUCACUGUAGCUCUGAGGCACUUGAGAGCCUUGAAGGAUACAGAUGACCAUCAUGGGGGCCAGAGGACAGACUUCAGCAGCUUGUUGAAGUCAGGCCUUUUACAGAAUCAGCCAGGAGAGAAGCAGGUUGUACAAGAGCCCUAAGAGGAUGAUACGGACUUGGGCAAAGUAAACUUGAAAAAUCAUGAGAUUUCACCAAAAACAAGAUACAGCCAACACACACCCAGGUAAUUUAACCAAUGAUGGAGGAUUUGACAGAGGAAAAUAGUGUAGUGUGGGUGGGAGUACAAGGAAGCUGAUUACUAAGGCUGGGGAAGGAGGAGGGAGGGGGCUUUUUGGCUUAGGGAAAUCUGUGCCCAUCAUAAAUAGCUCAAUAAAUAAAGGCAUGCACAAAUCAA